GUCCAUUAAAUGAGCUCCAUACAGCCCUGCAGCUGCAGACUGGAGGCCAGCAGGUUGUUAUUUCUUUCUUUUGCUUUCUCUAUCUAUUUAUCUGAACUUCUUUCCUUGUGCAGCUGCAACAAACCCAAUUUCCCGUAGAGGUUUAUAUUAUCUUAUCUUACAGUCACCGCUAAGUGACUGUAAGAUAAUAUAAUAUAUACCUUUAUGGGAAACGCUGGUCUCCAACCAUCAUUUAAAAAAGGUAACCAAUUAAAAACCUCCCAGUGCACAAAAAUAAAUGUUUAACUGCAGUUUUUGUGACAAUGGAGACAAUUUAUACAGGUCAAAAGUCCUCAAGAUAACAACAUUCACACAUCUCAUGAUCAAAAACUCACAUUGUGCAGAGCCAACGCCCGCGUGGAGAUAAGAAAUGUAAAGAUGUAACAGCAGUCAGGAAGAAGAGAUUCAUUCAUUUUCAAAGGAAACAUCAUCAUCAUCAUCAUCAGGAUCUGUUGGGCUUCCCAUCGAGUGCUGCAGUCUGUGAAGCAUCAGGACGUCUGAUUGUGACAUUAUUCAUCAUCAGCGAUCUGUCAGCCAGCGACCAACAAUCCUGUUUGUUGAUCAAUCUGAGGAGGCUCAGCUGAUUAGCUUGAUAAAACGCUGCCAUCCAGCCCUCUGUCUGACUCUGAAUCAGUUCCAGCUGAGAGACAUGGUAUCAACAGCAGGUUCUGAUGAAUGGAGGAUUGUCCUGAUUGGGAAGACCGGGUCGGGGAAGAGUUCAGCAGGAAACACCAUCUUGGGUCGAGAAGCUUUUGAGUCUGAACUUUCUGCAAUAUCUGUGACAUCAGAAUGCAGGAAAGAAAGAGGAGAGGUUGGAGGACAAAAGGUUGCUGUGAUCGACACUCCAGGACUGUUUGGGACCAGUUUAACCCAUGAAGAUGUGUGGAGGAAGAUCAAGAUGUGCAUCGAUAUGUCCUCUCCUGGUCCUCACGCCUUCCUGGUGAUUGUUCAGCUGGGCCGGUUCACAGAGGAGGAGAGACAAACCGUGAAAAUGAUUCAGGAGACUUUUGGUGGAGACGCCGAUAAAUACACGAUGGUGUUGUUCACUUAUGGAGACAAGCUGAAGAAACAAACCAUUGAAGAGUUCAUUUCAAAGAGCAAAGACCUGCCUGACAUCAUUGAGAAGUGUCACGGCCGUUAUCAUGUCUUCAACAACGAGGUGGACGACCCGUCUCAAGUCAGUCAGCUUCUAGAGAAGAUAGACGCGAUGGUCGAGGACAACGGCGGAACGUACUACACCACAGAGAUGUACAAGAGAGCAGAAGAAGAAACACUGAGAGUGGGCUAAUUUUUAAAAAAUGCCCCACUUUCUAAAAAUGUUUAAAUUUUCUAAAAAUAAAUGUCUUAAUUUUCUAAAUAUGCCCACAC